GUGCGGUGGGAGGGAGUGGGUGACACAGAUUUAACACCUCAAACGUGGUCAGUCGAUUCAACAGAUGCAAACAACGUUCACUUUACGAUACUCGAUAUGAUCAACACUAUACAGGCAUAUGUCAACUUAAAUGAUAAAAUGCGGAUGACAUUAGCUGUAAAAAACCGCGGACAUUAAAUCAUUCGGGAUCUAGCUAGCGAGUAGUAGCUGUGUUGUUAUCGUCUAGCUAGUUAGUUUACGUCGCAGUAGCGAGGAGUGGUUAGCUUGCCAGCUGGUGAUGGUGAAACAGGAGGAGCGGUGUCAAUGUAAUACAUUAAUCAUUAGCAAGCAAAUGUAGCUUGCUGGCUAGAUUAUCUCACUAGCUAGUCGUUCGCAAUCAACUGUUCUGUUGUUGUGAAUGAUACAUUACAACUGAGCUCUAGUCUAGUUAGCUAACGUUAGGUAGGUUUGCCAUUCAUUGUUAUUAUUAUCAUCCAACGUGUCAGUAAGUGCAUUUAGGUCGUUUUGAUCAGCUAGCACAGCUAUUGUUGACAAAUCGCAAGGAAAUGGUUUUGAGGAGCUGUUGUAAAUUUGGCCCCGUUUCAGUCUUGUUCCGGCUUGGUUAUGUGGCCCUGUUGUUGUUAUGUGUGACCCACUUGCGGUGCGCACGGGCAGAAAGUAAAACGGUGGUCCAAAAGGAUGCAGAGUUUGAUGUUACCUACAACGAUACAGUUACGAGUGACAACCAAACCAUCUACGCCUUCAAUCACACCGUUUCCCGAAACAAGACGGAGGGGGUCCGUGUGACUGUGGAUGUACUGUCGGAGGGGGCAGAGAGCAGUCCCAUCCUGUUUGUGGUCAGACAGAAGCAGGCCGUGCUGUCCUUCCAGGUCCCCCUCAUACUGCGUGGACUGUACCAGAGGAAGUACCCCUAUGCCCAUGUGGGCCGAACACUUUGCCAACCCCCCACCCGCACCCUCUCUGAGACCCAGUACUUCUUUGUGGACGUGUCCACCCUGUCCAGCUUGGGCACCCACUACCAGCUGAGGAUCAGCCGCGUGGACAGCUUCACCCUGCAUACAGACAAAAAGUUCAGCUUCACUGCCUCACCAUCCCAACCCCAGUACUUCAAAUAUGUGUUCCCUGACGGAGUGGACACGGCCAUCGUUAAGGUCAACUCUGAGAUGACCUUCCCGUGCUCUGUCAUGUCCAUUCAGGACAUCCAGUGCCCAGUGUAUGACUUGGAUAACAACGUGGCCUUCAUUGGAAUGUAUCAAACCAUGACCAAGACAGCUGCCAUCACUGUCCAGAGGAAGGACUUCCCCAGUAACAGCUUCUAUGUGGUGGUGGUGGUGAAGACAGAGGACGAGGCAUGUGGGGGUCCCCUGCGCUUCUACCCCCUCCGUCCAGAUGAACUCAUUGAUGCCGGCAACCGCAGUAAAACUCUGGACGUGGUCGUCUCGCCCGCCAUCAGCUCGGAUGUGUACGUGAUGGGCAUGCUGUUCUGCCUGGGCAUCUUCCUCUCCUUCUACCUGCUCACCUUCCUGGUGGCCUGUGUGGAGAACAAGAGGAUGCACAGGAGGAGGGAGGGGCUUCUGAACCCAGCGGACAUGUCGCCCGCUGAGACAGGAAAGCCAGGUGUGACUCCAGUCUCCCCCUAUGAAUAUGGCUCCUUUGCGGACAACGCCAGCACGUUGAGCUCAGAGGCCAUCACAGACAGCAUAGCAUCAGAUGCCAACUACGGAUACAUGGGACAGGAGACUUUGAAACGCAGACCAUUCCUAACUGCCAUCCACCACGUAGCCAUCUGCAUUGAGCGUUCGUUGGAGAGCGUUACGGGUCGUAGUCGACAGGAGUCUCUGAGCUCAAUAGAGGAGGAUGACUAUGACACGUUGGCCGACAUCGACUCGGACAAGAACAUCGUCCGCACCAAGAAGUACCUGUGUGUGUCGGACCUCGCUCGCAAGGACAAGAGGGUUCUGAGUAAAAAGUACCAGAUCUACUUCUGGAAUAUUGCCACCAUAGGUGUGUUCUAUGCCCUCCCUGUCAUCCAGCUGGUCAUCACUUAUCAAACGGUUGUCAACGUGACGGGAAAUCAGGACAUCUGCUACUACAACUUCCUGUGUGCACACCCCCUGGGGAAUUUGAGUGCCUUCAACAACAUACUGAGUAACCUUGGUUACGUGAUGCUGGGCCUCCUCUUCCUGCUCAUCGUGCUGCAGAGAGACAUCAUCCACAGCAGAGCGCUGGACCGCCACGACCUCAACGCACUGGAGUGUGGCAUCCCUAAGCACUUUGGGCUGUUUUACGCCAUGGGCACAGCUCUGAUGAUGGAGGGACUGCUGAGUGCCUGCUACCACGUUUGCCCCAACUACACCAACUUCCAGUUCGACACCUCCUUCAUGUAUAUGAUCGCUGGGCUGUGUGUGUUAAAGCUGUACCAGAAGAGACACCCAGAUAUCAAUGCCAGCGCUUACACUGCCUACGCCUGUCUGGCUGCUGUCAUCUUCUUCUCUGUGCUAGGAGUGGUGUUUGGGAAGGGCAACAUGGUGUUCUGGAUCAUCUUCUCUGUCCUCCACAUCCUGGCCACCAUGCUGCUCAGCACCCAGCUCUACUACAUGGGUCGCUGGAGACUGGAUUCUGGCAUCCUGCGCAGGAUUGUGUAUGUGAUCUACACUGACUGUAUCCGCCAGUGCAGUGGCCCCAUGUAUAUUGACCGAAUGGUUCUGCUUGUGAUGGGAAACAUAGUGAACUGGUCUCUGGCUGCCUAUGGGCUACUAAAGACACCCAAUGACUUUGCCUCUUACCUGCUGGCCAUCGCCAUCUGCAACCUGCUACUCUACUUUGCCUUCUACAUCAUCAUGAAGCUCCGCAGUGGUGAGAGGAUCCAGUGCAUGGCCAUGGUGUGUAUCCUCUUCACGGCCGUGGUGUGGGGCUUCGCUCUCUUCUUCUUCUUCCAGGGCCUCAGUACUUGGCAGAAAACCCCUGCCGAGUCCCGGGAACACAACCGUGAUUGCAUCGUGCUCUCCUUCUUCGACGACCACGACAUCUGGCACUUCCUGUCCUCCAUUGCCAUGUUUGGUUCCUUCCUGGUUCUCCUCACCAUGGACGAUGACUUGGACGAUGUCCAGAGAGACAAGAUUUUCGUCUUCUGAGAGCUACUCUCUGGCUCUGCCUUAACAUUUAUUGCUGGCCAGUAGUGACACAUUGGCAACUGAGACACCCAAUGGCAUGUCUCCCUGACUGCAGGCGGGCUGGGCAUCUCUCAGCCAAUCAAAGAGCUGGGGAAGGACGGUGCGCCCUCCCCGGAGUUGGAAUCUGUAUGGACACUUGGCGUGCCAAUCAAUGAGUCUGGUUCACCAGGACAUGCUGACAUUUCUCCUUACUGCCAUCCAAAACUACUGUAGUCGUUGUGUUUUCUUAUUGCUGAUAACCGUUUGAAUUUAAUUUAUAUUGCAUCAUUAUUCACCUGCAACUCCAUCAAUGCAUUUAAACGUGUAUAGUGUGUGUGCGCCUGUGUAUAUAUGAUUGAGCAUAAGUAUAUAUGUGUGUGUGUGUGUGUGUGAGAACACUCCAUGUCCAGUCUGUCUGUGGCCUUUAAUGUUCUGAUCAUGCGCGUGGUUUGUAUUUCUAUGGCUGUCUGACACUGGAUGGGUCUGUCCCAGAGAGAUCAACGAUUGUAUUUUAAUUACUAACUGCGGCAGGGUAGCCUCGUGGUUAGAGCGUUGGACUAGUAACCGGAAGGUUGCAAGUUCAAACCCCCAAGCUGACAAGGUACAAAUCUGUCGUUCUGCCCCUGAACAGGCAGUUAACCCACUGUUCCUAGGCCGUCAUUGAAAAUAAGAAUUUGUUCUUAACUGCCUAGUUAAAUAAAAGUAAAGUUUAAAAAAUAAACUAACUACGUCCUUAGCUGGUGAGAAAAAUAGAUUUUGCACUAUGUGACUACUGAAUAAAGUUUGUGUCCACGAUGAUAAAGGUGUAGUCUUCGCAUUAGUACAAUGUGUCUCUAGGUUUUGCAUUUUAAGUAACUGACAAACAGGAUGAAGAGGAAAUCCAGAUUUAAGGACCUGGGUUGUGUUCAUUAGGCACUGAAACGGAAGUUACUGACAAUCAUGGAGAGACUACCUGAACUUGUCCAAGAAAUUCUCAUUUAAGUUGCAACACUUUCUGUUGGGUGUCCCAAUGAAUACAACACUGGUGAUCACGUUUUAAUGUAGACAAAUUAAAUACUGAAACAUGAAAAAGAAUGAAAGUUUGGCAUUAUGAAUAUACACCACUUUACAUUUAUUAAAACAUUUCUUAUAAAAAAAUAUGGUAAAAAUGUCACGUCUAUGCACAGUAAAACACUGGAAGAGUCCCUCUUACCAGAAUUUCAUAAAGACUGCGAAUCCCUCACAAGUCA